CAGGUCAAAGCAGAGUUUCAAAAUGGACUCACAAGAACAAACCGAGAACGAUAACAAUGUCGAGAACAUUGGCGAGGGCGAAGCAGAAAAGCUACCAGAAGACUCAGUUAAUGAGGAAAGUGAAAAGAUAGAAAGUUUGGAAGAGGGUGAACAUGAAGCCGAUGUCAACAACAUUAUUGCAACUGAAGAGUUUUCUGAAGAUGCAGAAGCACUAAAAAAUGAGUUGGAUAAAAUAAACACACCACUACCCGAGCCAGAAAUCGUGUAUGUAAUAAAGUUGUAGUUAAAAGCUAUGUGUGAUACAUAUUAGUAAAUUAUUUUAGUGUCGGAUUAGGGAAGGGAGGCUGUACACAAUUAUUUACUUUUAUACUUUUGUAUUUCACUGUUUAAGCUGUGUGAGACAGAAAUAUUUUUAAUUUUUUAAAUAGUGAUAGUGAUUUUUUUAAUAUUAAAUGUUAUAAAUAAAACAUUGAAAAAGUGGUUUCAUAAGAAUAUACUUACUUUUAAAAUGUAACCCAUUAAAAAAAGGAGCAACUAACCAUUUUAAUGAUGGUUUUAAAAUAUUUAAAAAAAAUUCUGAGAUCUUUAAAAUUUUCACGUCCUAUUGAUACAAACACUAAACAUUAUUGUUAAGUUAAAAAAAAUAAAAAAAAUAGUUGUUAUCAAAAUUUAUUGUUUGAAAUCAAAGUUGAACUUUCUUAUUUCGAACAUGAGACAUAAUUUAGAAGAUCUAAUUUUAUAUUUAAUGUUUGUAAAGUCCUUAAAUGUUUUACCUGGUGUGUGUGUCUCAGUGUUCAUCAUUAUGACAUGAUAAAAGUAAGUCCUAGUUCUAUAUAUUUCUGAGAUAAAUGAGAAAAAAAUGGCUUUAUUUUCAAAAUAUUUUAUUUUGCAAGUUAAAUUUUAGUGUAAUUUGUUAAAAUGAUGAACUCAAAACUACUCCUGAAGAGAAGCUGAUAGCUAAUUGUAUUACUCUUACUUUAUUACAAACUAGAGUGCAGCCCGUGGAAGUAUUUGAUCCAGCAGAGUUUCCUCCCUCCUACAAGGAUAACUUACCAAAGGAGCAAAUGGUCUUGCAGUUUGCUGCAAAUUUUCGCAGACAAUAUGUCCAUCUUUAUCGCGACCGCAAACCUCUAUUACUGAGUCCAUUUAAUGAAUGUGGCAUUGAAGUAAGUCCCCAUUGUAAUGGAUAUUCAAUAUUAUACAUUAAAAUAAGUUGUGCAAUUUACGAUUCCUACUAAUGACAGCUUAACAUGUAAACUAAAUGAAUGAGAUAAUGUUUCUUCAUUUCAGAAAUUUGUCUGCACUACAAUCCGCCCGAGUCAGCUGCCAUUUAAAGAGUUGUACAACUGGGAAGGAGCUGCCGAAUUUGUAGCAGAUUAUCUCAACUUUGAAUCCCUUGAUCCUCCUUAUGACCUGGUAUGUUGUAGGUUUAGUGCUGUAGAUUAAGAGGGACUUGAUUUAAGCCUUGACGUGGCUCUAGGUUUUACAUGAUAAAUACAAAUACUGAUAACACUGUGAAACUUGGAUAUAACGGGAACCCUUGGGACCAAAGCAAAAGUGGUGCUAUUUGCAGGUUCAGGCAGUAUGAUGAUUAAGCAUAAUAAUUUGAAAGAAGUAAACAAUAGACAUGUGCACAUAGAAAAUAAGAAGAAAUGAGAAGGAAAAAAAAAAGAAAGUGCAUAUAUUUAUGUGAAUUGUAUGUGUAUAAAAACCAAUAAACAAUAAUGAAAUGAAGCAAGAUUUUAUUGUGCUUAAACAUUCUUCAUACAGUUCAUUUACAUAUACAUGUACGUGUGAUCUACAUGUACGUGUGGUCAUCAUGUAUGUGUGGCCUACAGUUUUGGACAAAUCUGUUAUGGAUAUCCAAACAAAAUAUAUGGAGGCCUAUAGGUGCACUGUUGCCAUUAAGAUCAUCUUGCUUGUACUAUGCGUUGGCGAAAUGAACGCACUACACCCACUGUUCAUUAACAACCCCCAGCCUCAUAGGAAUCUUCCAACAACACACUUGUUUCUUCAUGAUUUUUGAAAAGCACAGUGAGAUAACAGAACAAUUUGGUGAAGUAAUAGGUCUGGCUCACUCCCUGCACAUGACGUAAUUUGAUGCUAGCUUGGAAAACCUUGAUUUUGUCCCACAGACACCCUUGCCCAUUUUGCGUUUGAAAGGAUUUGAAGUAUUUCUUUUGUAAAGAAAUCGAUCCCUUCAGGGGUAAAUUGGCACAUAUGCAAAGGACAGUGCUAUUUCAAGGUUUGCUACUUCCAGGUUUCACAAUAUUAUUGUUAACCAAAUUUUUAACUGUCUUAGUAUAUUAUUCUGUAAACUUUACAAAAAUAAAAAUUUUGAGACUAAAAUUUUGAUUUUUUAAAAAUCUAAGUCUAUUGGAUUUCAAUGCUAGGUUAAUAUAACAUGCCACAAUAGUAAUUUUAAAAAAAAAUUUGAACUUCACAGCCUUCUAGACUGCUGUCACCAUCCACUGUUCUAAGGCGACAAAAAGGAAACUGUUUUGAAUACAGCACAUUACUCUGCUCACUGCUCAUAGGUGCUGGCUAUGAUGCUUAUGUAGUAAAUGGUUAUGCUAGCAAAGAUACCUGCUUAGCUGAUGAAUCCAGAGAAAUAUGCCCUUUGCUGAGAAGGAAAGAAGAGGUAUCUUAAUGAAGAUAAUAUGUUUAAGUUUUUCCUGGUUGCUGAUUAGAUCAAGUCUGUAAUAGUAAAAGAAAUUGAAAAUAGUCUGGUUUUAAGUCCAUAAUGAGUAUAUCUACAUCAUAGCUAUUGUAGAUAUAGUUUUUAUUUCUAAUAUAGGUGAUAAAAUGCUUCAUAAAUUUUCAGGAGAAACAAGUAGAAAAGAAAAAGAAUAUUAAAAAAUACACUGUUAAACCCCCGAAAGAUUUACGCAGUAAGUUUGAAUUGAAGAUGGAAGCAAGAAGGAAAGAAGAAGAGAAAGCAGAAGAUGAUAGAAGGAAAGCAGAGGCUGAACUGAAAUUAGCUGUAAGCUUUAGUUGUUUGUUGCUGUUUUUAUUAAAAAUAAAUCAAGUUAAAUUAUAAGAAUCAGUUUUUCUUGUUUUGAAAUUUAGUCAGUUUUUUGUUUUAACAUUGAUAUAUAAAUUACUAAACUUUCUUUAUAUUUCUGUAUGUAACUUUUAAAAUAUAAAUGUAAUUAGGAACUAAGGAUAAAUAGUUACUUAAUUACUAUAUAUUAUUUGUUUUUAGCAUUGACAUAAGCUUUGUUCAGCGCCAUGAUACAACUUCAGUUUUCCAUUUUGAAAAAGUUAAAAAACAUUUUAAAACUCUGUAAACCUAUUUUGUUUCUGUCACAAUUUUCAAGGAGUUAGAUAAACCCCCACCAGAUCCUCUACACGGCCUUCGCAUUCAUUCAUGGGUCCUUGUCCUCUCAGGGAAACGAGAAGUUCCAGAAAGUUUCUUCAUUGAACCUUUGACUGGCUUAUCUCACCCUACCAACAGUGAUGCCUACCUUGGUAUUGAGUCCUUAUGGAAUAACUUGAACUACUGGGUUUGCAUGCAAGAUUGCUCAGAAGGCGUAUCAGUAAGAUUUACUUCUAAUUAAAUGUGGUAGGGCAAAUAGAUAUAUAUUUCUCUGUUUAAAACAAUGGGUCAACAUUUUUACAAGGUAUUUAGAGAAAUAUUGAAAUAGAAAUUUGUUAAAUACUAUGCUAUACAAAGAAACAUAGAUAAAUUUUAAAAUUUAGCAAUGGAAGUGAAACACUGCAUAUCAAGUUAACAAACAACGAUAGCAAUAGAUAGCCAAGAUUUGUAGACAACAAAUUCCCUCCUGAGAGCAGGCCAUAAAAAUUAUUAAAUUGAAUAAAAAAUUAUCAUUGUAAACAUCACAUAAUAAUUACAUUUUAUUUUAGACAUAAAACACAUUUAAAUUAGGCCUUUAAACUAUGUAAAUAGAGAACAUAUCCAACACACUUGGCCUCCAGGCAGCCCAUGUGAAGGGAGACAGAGACAUUGAUUCAAUGAAUUAUUGUUUUGGUCUACAGACUACUGAGUCUAUCAGAGGGUUGCUAACUUUACUUGUGCCUUGAGUCAGUCUUCAACUGAAAUUUAUUCCUCUAUAUUUUGUCUUUUAUCAGUUUAAGCAUUAAAAAAUAAUUUCAUAACUUGGGGAAUUGGAUUUUGCUGACAUUAGUCAUUUGUAAUAUUCAUAAUUUUAAAAAAAAAUGUCUCUGCUUUUUUCCAUGAUUUAUAGAAAUUAGUCUACGACCUGGGAGAUUGUACAUUGUGGGAAUUCAUGUUUCCCGGCACUGACAAACCACAACUUCUCAUACCUGAAGCAGAGGAUGAUGUUUUGGAUAAUUUGGAUGAUGAUGAGGUUUUUAUUGAAUACAUUCACUUGUUUAUUUAUCCAACUUCAAACCAAUGGUGGCUAAAUAAAAAAAAAUCUCUCUUUUCCUCAUUUGGGUAUUAAAAAAACUUCAAACUUCACAUUGAAGAUGAUCUUUUUUAUAUUACAGGACAAAGAAGAAGAAGUUGAAAAUCAUUUGGAUAUGCCUCCAUCAUGGGUUGAACCACUUCAUCUUUCACAGAGAGGUGAUAGCAUUGAAUAUUUCAAAUCAUAAAUGUUAUUACUUUAAAAAAAAAUCAUCAAAAAUUGUUCCUUAAGUUACUUUGUCACUUUAUUUAUUUUUUAAUUUAAUAUUAAUCUCCUUUUUGGUCUUUUUUUUUCUUUUUAUAGAUUUUGAGAUGCGUUGUCCACAAGGCAAAAAAACAAAAUUGUAUAAAAAGGCCAAAUUGGAAAAGUUUGCACAUUACCUGAUGGCUGAUGGACUUGUUGCACGACUGUCUGUUUAUGAUAACAAAGAAUGUAUGUACUGGUAUACAAUUACUGUGGCUAUUUAAGAGUAUUUUUUAAUGCAGAUUGUAAAUAUUUUUGCAACAAAAAUGUAUUACCAUUUUGUACUUGCAUCAAGGUCUGAAAAAAUUAUGUUGGAACUCUAGUUGAAGCUUAGAAAAUUAAAAAUGUAUCCACUGUCUAUGUGUGAUUUCAUGUUAAAUUUAGAUAAUAGAACUCUAGUUCUAAAAAUUAAAUGUUGCAAAAAUGUCUUUGUAACUUCUUUCUAAAUGUAACAUGAGUAUAAACUUAUUUUAUGGUUUUAUAGGCAGUUUUCUUCAUGUCACAAGAUUGUGUAUUCCCAAUAACUGACAGCCCCAGACACAAAAUUGAGCUUUCUACCUUUUAAAAAAUAGACCAUAUUUUACAGACCCACAAAUUCAUGUGUUGUGAAACAUUCUCACCAUUCUUUAUGUUUGUUUCUUUUUUCAUCCUUUAAAAAUUUGGAUAUUAUGACACGAACUGAAAUAAGGGCAGAUCAUCCACACUUGCUCCUGUGGUUUUACAGCUGAUUGUGAAUCACAAAUUAAAUUUUUUUUUUUUUAAAGGUGGCAUAACAUAACAGAUUUACUUCCAAUCUAUAGAUAAUUAAGUAACUGUUUCAAGUGUUGAACAACUGCACAUUUUUUUCACGCCUCCUGUUUAUAUUUUUAAAGUUUUUGAAUCAAGCUGAAAUUUUUAGAGGUUUUUUGGUUAAAACUGACUUGAAGAACUCAGAUGUUGGAUUAUACAAAAGCUUAAUUUGUUUGAAUUAUUCCUUUAUAACAGCUAUUUUGAGAUAGUUUUGUUGGCAUUAGUCAUGAUAGUGAUAAUUAUUAUACUAUAUUGGAGUUAGCACCAGUAGCAGCUGUAAAUGAAUUUGGUAGGCAUUAUAAUAAAGAAAUAUAUAGGACAUCAAUGAAUUUAUAUAUUUUAAAAAAUUUCUAUCAACCCAAAUAAAUUUAUAUUUUCUCAACUGGAGGAAUGAGGUUUUAUGUGCCUGAAAAACUUAUUUAGAUAAUUUAAAAGGACCCAACAGUCAAUAUGGGUGUGAGUUGAAGAAAGGUAAACAGUAACACUAUUGUUCUCACUAUAGAAAAAUCAGGCCAUAUUCAUUUCACAUAACUCACAUAAUUCCAACAUUAAUACCACAGUGUCCAAUUUACUCUCAGAAGAUCUAUACUUAUAUGGGUCUCUGGAUUUGUCUUCUAUUAGUUUUGAAUUUUAGUGAUACAUAUCAAAGUUAACAAAAACAAAUUGAAACCACAGCCCAUUUGCCUUUGACAGUUCGUGGGUUAAUCUUUGAUCGCUGGCUGGACUUGGCCAUCUGAUUGUAAUUUACCCAUAUUUAAAUAACAUAUUUGUUACAUAAAUUUACAAUAAAAAUAUCUAACUUUGGAAAAAAAAGUUAACAUUUUAUACUUUAUAAUAAAAUGAGCACAUUUAUUCAUAAUUGCAGUAACUGAGCUUAUCAUGAUAAAGGAAUAUUUUGAGCAUCGUGUAGACAAGUUGCAUAUGAAAGUUCACAACCACAGAACUGGUUGGAUAACUGAAUAUUUUAAUCCUGGAAGGCUCAAACAAUUGAAAGGUAUUUUAUUAUCAUAAGCUUAUUGCUUAAAAAAUUGAACACAAAUUAAAUUCAUUUGAUUUGAUAAUUUGUUUGAUUAUUAUUGUGAUUUUUUGGUAACUUUUUAUAGGUAGAAGCCUUUAAACCUAAAAAAAUAUUUCGUUUGAUGUUUAUAAAAUAUUAGCAAUAAAUCUUUUCAUCUAUAGAACACUGUUACAGAGCAAGUGCUCCGGCUCCAGAAAAUGAUCAUACAAUGUUUUUUUAUGAUGAGGCGAGGGUAGAUGGCCUAGUUAAAAGAAUAGAAACACCAUUGUCCAUGACAGAACAUUUUAAAGGUCGAGAAGACUUUCUAUUUUACAAACAUGUUGAGUUUGGGAAAAGAACAAAAAAGUUUUCUCCACAGGAAGAUGCUAAUAAUUCUAGCAAUCCAAGACCAAUUGUUGUAAGUAUUGUAUUUUGGAAUUAAGUUUUAACAUUAGUUUAUGUUAGAGUUAGGUUAGUGCUGUACCUUUGGAAGGCACAGAGUGGGGUGAGGAUACAUCAGUACUGUAUUGCAUUCAUUAAGUAGGUUCAACAGGUAGCAGAUGUGUUAGCAAGAGCAAAAGAAGAGUCAUUAAGCUUUGUUUCCACUAUUAUAUGCGUUCAUUUAUAAUAAGUAGUGAAACACAUAAUGUCUAGACUACUAAUUUGCACUCCGAAAACAAAUUAUAAUUAAAGUUAUAUCUUUGAUGGAACGAUUUCAUCUAGUAUAUAAUAAUAUAAGAUUUCUCACAUAUAUGUAUUGUAAAUUUGGUGAUGAAAGCAUUAUUUUUUUCCAUAAAAACAGAAAAUGAUUCAGAGAUUUGAUCACAACCCAGCAAAGCCUGCCAAUGCAGAUAUAAGUGAACUUGUUUUUCUUGUAUCAGAAGACAAGAUCCAAAUCACUUACCAUACGGAAAAUAAACACAUUGCUUCUUCAUUUAGAGAGUAUAUUAAGCCUCAAAACUGGGAAGAAAAAGGAGCAAUUUUGGCAUGGGCACAAGAUAUGCACACAACUUUUCAAGUAAGAAAAAAAGCUUAAUGCUUACCAAUACUUUCAUUGUUCCUAUCACCCUGAAAUGUUUUAAGUUUUAUGAAACUGGUUCGUUUAGUAAAUAUCAACUUUCUGAAAUAUAAUUUUUAUACUAAUAAAACAAAUUACAGGAAGUCAAGUAAAGAUGAAAGAAUUCAGUAACAUUUAAAAUUAAAUUUUAAUUACUUCUAUAUACAUGCCACUUUAUGUUUUAGCCAUCACCUUUUAUCCAAUACUUUAAAACAUCUUAAACUUAGAAUACAACUUAACAUUUUUUAAAAUGAAAAAAAAUUAAUGAAACGGCAUCCAUUAGAAUUCACAAUAACCAACAUAUUUUCAAAAAGUGCUAAAUUAUUCAUAAUUUGAAAAAAAAAUUUAAAACACUUUUUUGGGUUAUUAUAACUAAAAAUAAAUGUUUACUUUUGUAACUAAGGUGGAUCCAAAAGCUGAAAACAGCAAGCAAGUUGAACUAUAUCAGAAUUUGUUGCACCUGCUAAAGAUGGAAGACUCUUGUAGGGAGGCUGUUCGUGAUUCUGAGGAAGAGGUCUUUCACAAUAUGUGUUUUUUUCUUCCUGUUUUCUAUUUAAGUACUUUGGAUUGUUUGUUUGUUAUUUAAAUAUGUGUAUAACUAUUUAUGUUAAAUAAUUAAAAUGAGUACUUUUAAAUCAGACUUGUUUAAAUUUGUUUUAAGGGAAAAUUUUUGACACAUUUACUAUCAAAAUUAGGUCAAAGAAAUCCUAGGUAAUCGACAGAAAGAAGAAAUAGCUUUAGAGCUGGAGAUUUCAGUAUAUGACACAGAGAGGAAUGAAAAAGCCAAAAAGCAUAGAAAAGAAUUGGUAAAUUUUGUUUGCUUGUUGACUAAUAUAAUUAUCAUUCUAUAAUAAUAAUUAUAAUUUCUGCUUUCAAACAAAAAAUAUCUUAAUUGUUAUUGCUUCCCUUUAUUACUUUCAUUUUUAAAAAAAAUUAUGGAAAAAAGGGGUGGGACUUUGUUCCUAGACUUCUUUGUAAUUAUUAUAUUUGAAUCUUUUCAUUUGGGAGCAGCCUUAUUUUGUCUGGUCCACAGGAAUUAUCUGGGUAAAAAUGAGUUGCACCAUCAGUUUAUUUAUGUUUCUAAAAAAUGCUAUUUUUUGAAUGAUAAUGUUGAAACUAACAUUAUAUUAGUUUCGUUGCCAGGAAAAAAAAAUUACAGAAAUUUAUCAUUUUCAGUCUCUCCAAAUAUGGCAUUUUAAAAAUUAAUCAGCUCAACAAAAUAGGCUUACUCAUCAUGAUUAUUUUUUUUGGUCUUUGUGUCUAUCAUCAGUUGAUUCAAUUCUUGAACAUAACAUUUAAUUGUUCAUGAAAAAAUGACUAAAAUAUUGUUUGAUGAUUUUUUAAAUAUAUACUUGAACUAUGAAUAUCAAGUACAUAACUUUUUCAAAGCUAAAAUUAUUAUUAUUAAUAAAAGAUUUAAAAAGAAUCUAUCCCUUUGUUAAAAUUGGAAUAACAUUUUUUCUAAAGGAACGACAACAGCUUGAAGAGAAGAUGAGAAAACAAGAAAUGGAAAUAGAUUACCUUGCUCCAUUCCUGGCUCAAAUAGGAGACCCUGAGAAAAUCACAAAAAACCAAGCCUUCAAGUUGAAGGAAGAUUGCUUGGCAGAUCUAAAGCAUCGCUUAAUUGACAAAGCAAACCUUAUCCAAGCACGAUUUGAAAAGGUUGGAUAAUUUUGGCUUCUUAUUCUUUCUAGAAGUUACAAGAUUUGUUACUUAACAUUCACACUAUUCACCAAUCAGGCAAGAUUUUUAGUGAUUUUAUAACUGCUUUGCAAAUUUUUAAAUUACACUGUAUUACAGCUAACCAGUUACACAGUUGGGCAGAUUUGUCAGUUGGCAUUUUAAAUCUUGGUGCAACUUGAGGAUGUGUAAACAUAAACUAGGUCUGGUUAUAGAAGUCAGUUUGUUGUAAAUCAAAAUAAAUUUAGUAAAUUGAUUACAUAAGAGAAACAAUAAAGUCAAUAUAAUUGUGUCUUUAAAAUAGUAGGGCCAAAAUGUUUAAAUUGUUAACUGCCGUUAACUUGUUAUCUGAGACUAAGAGAAAGUGCAAUCUUUUUAACUAGAGCGUUUAAAGAAUUAAAUAUCCAAACCAUUGCCUUCCAGGAAACUCAAGAAUUACAAAAGAAACAAUCAUGGUACCAGCAGAAUCAAGUGUCAAUGUCAAAGGAUGAUGAAGAAGAUUAUCUCAAUUAUUGCAGUGAGGCAAUGUUUAGAAUUCACAUCUUAGAGCUGAGGCUUAACAGGUAGAAUUAAUUACUUGGUUGAAAAUAUUUAUAAAAAAAAAAAUUCUAAACUCACAUAAAAAUGUAACCAAUUUUAAAAGAUAUAAUAAUAUGCAUGCACACAAUUUAUAUGUCAACUCAAGAGCCUGGCACUCACCAAAAUAAUAAACAGAUAUCACAUUUAUUAAAUAUUAAUUAUUGAUGAAAUGGAUAUUCUUUUUUUUUUCAACUGGCUGAAACUACUAGAUUUCACCCCAUGUCUAUGUUUUGUUUAAUAUUCUCUUUCAAGACACAAAGAAAUGGCACCUCACAAGUACAUGGCUUUGGAGCAAAAGAUCAGAAAUGACCCAAGACUAGCAGAGUACUUUUAAAACUCAUUGUUUCAUUACAUAACAGUCUCAAGAGAGAUAAAGUUAAUUUUUGCAAUCACCAACAAUAAUUAUGUUUGAAAUAUAUCUUCCAAUUACUUGGUUUGUAUCAGUGAAGAGGUGAUUAUAUUAAAAGCACACUGUGAUUUAAUUUAUAAUAGUUUGACAGAAAUACAUGAGAAUAAAUUUCAAAAAAGGCUUGUUCUGUGUAUGAUUAAUUUUAGUAAUUUCUUGUUUUAAUAGUUUCAAAAUGUUUAGGUAUUUACUUAAAAAAACUAUUGACUGAUGUUCAAUAUGGAGAGAGCCUGGUAAAUGCUGUUUGUAAAUUAUAUGAACUAUACAUUUUUUUUAAAUAAUAAAAUCAAUACAUUUGUGAGUCAAUUUAAAAUUACUUUAUUUAAAUUUGAACUGACUGACAUAUCUCUAAGAAUGUUUUAUGAGACUAUUUAAAUUCAUUUCUUUUGAGUGUGAAAAAGUUGUUAGAACAAAGAAAAUUUUGCCAAUAUUUUAUUAAUUGAAUAUAAAAUCAAUUAAAUUUAGAACAUAAUUAUAACAUGCUUUUGACAUUAAGAAUUUUAUGCUCUUCAUGUCCCCUAAUCAAAAUGCAGCCUUCCUGCAAGUUUUGUUAUUUUAAAAAUAAUGUAAUUCUUUGAUAAAAUGUUUAAAAUCUAUGAUAUAAUAUAAAAGAAAAUAGCAAAUUUUAAAUUGAACUUUUGUUUUAUGGUGCGUUUAUAUAUUUGUUAAAGCAGUGAAUUUCAAUAUUUAUUAUUUUAUUUAUAUAAAAUAAUAAAUGCCUGAAUUGUAGCAUUAAUAAAAUUGAUUCAUCCAUCAAAAUGCAUGUUUUUAAAUAAUUGCUGGUUAGCCUUGUAAAUGCUUGAUACCACUAGUACGCUGUAUCAGUCUAAUCAUUUUGUAGAUAUAAAAGAAAAUAU